AUGAAGGAGGAGCGACGAAAUCCGAGACGCAACCAUUUUAAGCUUGUCAUGGAGAUCCGAGUACUGGAAGCAGCCAAAGGAGUGUCAAAGGAGCAGCAGAAGCACUUCCCAAUUUUGUACGACAGGAGCGUUGAGGUGCGGUCGUUCAUGUUCAUAGUGAUGUCGCUUCUGGGCGAAUCACUUGCCGACAUCAAGUAUCGACAGUCAAACAAAAUCUUCAGUAUGAACACAGGACUGUACUGCGCCCUCGAAACUCUGGAAGCAAUCAAGGACAUGCACGCGCUCGGAUUUGUUCAUCGAGACAUCAAACCUGCCAACUUUGUUUUGGGGCUGGCCAAAACUGGUUCUCAGAAUGUGGUAUACGUGGUGGAUUUUGGAAUCGCCAGGAAGAUAGUCAGAUUCAAAGGAACAAUUCGGUUCGCUCCACUGGCCAUGCAUAGAAGCGAGGAGUCUGGCCGCAAGGAUGACUGUGAGAGUUGGCUUUACAUGCUCGCCGACAUGAUCAAUAAGAAAAAGCUGCCAUGGUACGAGGAGGAGAACCUAAACAACGUGCGGGAAAUGAAAGAAGGUGUUUUCGCAAAUCCGUCAACACUCUUCCCAGGGCAGGAGUUCAGCGAAUUUCGUCACAUCAUGUCGUACUUAACAAAACGGCAUUACGUCGACAAACUCGACUACGAUUGGCUGCGAGAGAUGGUCCGGCGAGUGGCAAAGAGGAGACGCUGCAGCCUUCACCCGGCGUUUGACUGGUCCAGCUGA